AUGAGAAAUCACACAGUAACAACGUUCAUCCUACUGGGACUGACUGAUGACCCACAGCUGAAAACCCUGGUCUUCAUCUUCCUGUUUCUCACCUACAUGCUGAGUAUAACUGGGAACCUCAUAAUUAUCUCCCUUACCUUCUUGGAUCCACACCUAAAAACUGCUAUGUACUUUUUCUUACAAAAUUUCUCCUUUUUAGAAAUCUCAUUUACAACUGCUUGCAUUCCCAGAUACUUAUACAAUAUCUCAACAGGUGACAAGAUAAUUACAUAUAACAGCUGUGCCAUCCAAAUAUUUUUUACUGAUAUUUUUGGCGUGACAGAAUUUUUUCUCCUGGCUAUCAUGUCCUACGACCGAUAUGUAGCCAUCUGCAAACCCCUGCACUAUGUCGCCAUCAUGAACAGCAGGGUCUGUAGAAGACUUAUCCUCGGUUGCUGGGCAGCUGGCUUGUUGGUGGUCCUGCCGCCGCUUAGCCUGGGUCUCGAUCUGGAAUUCUGUGACUCCAAUGUCAUCGACCAUUUUGUUUGUGACGCAUCUCCCCUCCUAAAGAUCUCAUGCACGGACACAUGGCUCAUCGAGCAGAUGGUGGUCGUUUGCGCGGUGCUGACAUUUAUCAUGACCCUUGUGUGUGUGGUUCUUUCCUACGUGUACAUCAUAGGGACCAUUCUAAGAUUCCCUUCUGCCCAGCAAAGGAAAAAGGCCUUUUCCACUUGUUCAUCCCACAUGAUCGUGGUUUCCAUCACCUAUGGCAGCUGCAUCUUCAUCUAUGUCAAACCUUCAGCAAAGGACUCAGUGGCUAUCAACAAGGGUGUGACAGUUCUUACCACUUCCAUUGCUCCUAUGUUGAACCCGUUCAUUUAUACCUUGAGGAACAAACAAGUCAGACAGGCCUUCAGUGACUCAGUUAAAAGAACUGUACUGUUCUUCAAGAAGUAG